UACUGUGGUGGAGAAGCGGUUGUGGCGGUGGUUUUAGGGAAACCCUCCUGGCUGUUGUUUCGAGGAGCAGGGAGAACUCUGCUCGAAAGCUUUAGUGACACUGGGGCCUGCGUUCGCGUUGAGGAGCCCUCGUUCCGGAGAUCAGGCCUGACCCGAUAAGUCCCAGGGUAUUUUUCUGUCCUUUCUGUCCAUGAUGUGAUUCUUCAGGGCAAGAAGAAUAAGAUGUGUCUGUAAUUAAAAUUACCUCAUCCUUGAUGUUUUUCAACCCAGGUCACUGUACGCAACUGAUGCAGUUAACAUUACAAUAUUUCUUGAAGAUUAAUUAGUUACACUGGACAUGCUGCUCUUCUUUACUUUGGGAUUGCUCGUACAUUUUGUGUUCUUUGCCUCCAUCUUUGACAUUUAUUUUACAUCUCCUUUGGUUCAUGGAAUGACUCCUCACUUUACACCAUUGCCUCCUCCAGCAAGAAGAUUAGUGCUCUUUGUUGCUGAUGGCCUGCGAGCAGAUGCACUGUAUGAAUUAGAUGAAAAUGGGAACUCUAGAGCGCCAUUUAUUAGGAAGAUCAUAAUGCAUGAAGGCAGCUGGGGCGUAUCCCACACACGUGUGCCAACAGAGUCUCGGCCAGGUCAUGUCGCUCUGAUAGCUGGGUUUUAUGAAGAUGUCAGUGCAGUUGCCAAAGGAUGGAAGGAAAAUCCUGUAGAAUUUGAUUCUGUUUUUAAUGAAAGCGAAUAUACAUGGAGUUGGGGAAGCCCAGAUAUCUUACCUAUGUUUGCCAAAGGUGCUAGUGGAGACCAUGUAUAUACACAUAGUUAUGAUGCCAAAAGAGAGGAUUUUGGUGCCCAUGAUGCAACAAAAUUGGAUAGCUGGGUUUUUGAUAAUGUUAAGGACUUCUUUCAUGCUGCCAGAAACAACCAGUCUUUGUUUUCUAAAAUAAAUGAAGAGAAAAUAGUUUUUUUCUUACAUUUAUUAGGACUAGAUACAAAUGGACAUGCUCAUCGACCAUCAUCAAGGGACUAUAAGGACAAUAUUAAAAAAGUUGAUGAUGGAGUGAAGGAAAUUGUGUCCAUGUUUAAACAGUUUUAUGGAAAUGAUGGGAAAACAACAUUUAUCUUUACCUCUGACCAUGGAAUGACAGACUGGGGUUCUCAUGGGGCUGGUCAUCCUUCAGAGACUUUAACUCCUUUGGUCACUUGGGGAGCUGGAAUCAAAUAUCCCCAAAAAGUAUCAGCUCAACAAUUUGAUGAUGAAUUUUUGAAAGAAUGGAAAUUGGAGAACUGGAAGAGGCAAGAUGUCAAUCAGGCUGAUAUUGCACCACUGAUGGCUUCUCUUAUUGGAGUUCCCUUUCCCCUCAAUUCAGUGGGAAUCCUUCCCGUGGAUUAUCUUAACAACACUGAUCUCUUCAAAGCAGAGAGCAUGUUUACCAAUGCAGUACAGAUUCUUGAACAGUUCAAGGUGAAAAUGACUCAGAAAAAAGAAGUUACUUUACCAUUUUUGUUCACACCUUUUAAGUUGCUUUCUGAUUCUAAACAGCUCGAUAUUUUAAGAAAAGCACGAUCUUCUAUAAAACAGAAAAAAUUUGAUGAAGUAGUCUCCCUUUGCAAGGAGUUAAUACAUCUUGCAUUGAAAGGAUUGUCCUAUUAUCACACAUAUGACAGAUUCUUUUUGGGUAUCAGUGUUGUUACUGGUUUUGUUGGAUGGAUAUCUUACGCUUCCUUGUUGAUCAUCAAGUCUCAUUCCAAUCUGACAGGAGGAGUUAGAAUAGAAAUUAAGAAACCAAGCCAUCUCCUGCCAUGUAGUUUUGUAGCUAUUGGCGUUUUAAUAGCAUUUUUCCUGCUGAUUCAAGCCUGUCCCUGGACUUACUAUGUAUAUUGUUUGUUGCCAGUGCCAAUAUGGUAUGCAGUUCUAAGAGAAUUUCAAGUUAUUCAAGACCUUGUCACAUCGCUGUUGUCCUUUCCUUUGAGCCAUUUUGUUGGCCACCUAUUAGUCUUUACCCUUGGAAUUGAAGUAUUAGUUCUCAGUUUUUUCUACCGCUACAUGCUUACAGCUGGGCUUAUUGCAUUUGCGGGUUGGCCAUUUCUCAUGCAGCUGUGGACUCAAGCAAAGAUUACCUCACUGAGUUGGACUUUCUUCUCUUUGCUCCUGGCAGUGUUCCCACUAAUGCCGGUUGUAGGUCGAAAGCCAGAUAUCUCUCUAGUAAUGGGUGCAGGCUUGCUGCUGCUUCUGCUAUCCCUGUUUGUUGUAACAUCUUUCAUGAAAAGAAGAGGUAGUUUUGUAAAGGAAGAGCUGUGGGUACAUGGAUUACAGAUGCUGAACACAGUGCUUUCCAUGUAUGUUGUGUAUAGCACUCAUAGUAGUCUACUCAAGAAACAAGGACUGCCUCUUAUAAAUCAAAUUGUAAGCUGGACAACAUUAGCAUCUUCCUUAGUUGUUCCACUACUGAGUUCUCCAGUCAUCUUUCAGCGAUUGUUCAGCAUACUUCUUUCCUUGAUGUCAACCUACCUACUUCUAAGCACGGGGUAUGAAGCUCUCUUUCCAUUAGUGUUGUCAUGUUUGAUGUUUGUCUGGAUAUACAUGGAACAAGAAACCCUACAGCAUUCUGGUGUUUCCUAUAAACAAAAGCUCACCAGUAUCCAAUUCUCCUAUAAUGCUGAUAUAACUCAGUUUCGGCAGCUCUAUCUGGAUGACAUCCGUAGGGCCUUUUUUCUUGUUUUUUUUUUAGUGACAGCAUUUUUUGGAACUGGAAAUAUAGCUUCUAUUAACAGCUUUGACCUUGCCUCUGUCUAUUGUUUUCUGACUGUGUUUAGUCCUUUUAUGAUGGGAGCCCUGAUGAUGUGGAAGAUUUUAAUCCCUUUUGUUCUUGUUAUGUGUGCUUUCGAAGCAGUUCAGUUAACUACUCAGUUGUCAUCAAAAAGUCUUUUUCUCCUCGUUCUCAUCAUAUCAGACACUAUGGCUCUGCAUUUUUUCUUCUUGGUCAAGGAGUAUGGCAGCUGGCUUGAUAUUGGAACAAGCAUCAGCCACUAUGUGAUUGUCAUGUCCAUGACCAUCUUUCUAGUGUUUCUCAAUGGCCUGGCACAGCUGCUCACAACAACAAAACUCAGCCUACGUGGCAAACACAAAAGCCAUCUCAUAUGAUGUUGCUGGAGCCAUCGUUCAGCAUCUGGAUGCUGUUUCUCCUCCUUCUAAACUAAAAUCUCAUCGAGGAUUCAGUAAGAAGAUGGAUAUUGCUAAAAAAGUAUGGGCUACUACUGUAAUGAAAAUGUGUACUUGGAAACUUGAAUUUACAGGUUAUGUGGAAUAAAGGAGCUUCCCUUUUCUUUUAGCUUUCACAGGCAUGAAAUAGUGAUUCUGUGGAAAAGCAUAGGAAAACACUGUUCUUUUGUAUUUUUUUGGUUUGUUUGUUUGUUUUAGUUGGCAGCUCUUCUCAGUUUUGUUCAGAGCACCUGCAACAAUCUGGUCCCCAACCAUACAGCUUCCCAUAUCCUCAAAGGAGAGCAUUUGCCUGUGGGGGCAGUCUUGGCGGUAUCCAAAAUCAUAGCUGUGGCUGAACUUGAAGAAAUCACCAGGUGGCACUAUAAAUAUUUAUCAGCUUUCAGCACUGGUUUUGUGGUAGUCUAACUAUUCAACACCAUCACUAGAAAGACAAUCAGGGUGUGUUAUUUCAAUUUACUGGAGCUUCAGUAGAAAAAUGUUUGCAGGUGUUUGCCAUUUGUCUUCGGUAUGCAGUAAUGCUGUCUUAUGCUGCUCAGUGCUGUUUCCAGGGUUUUCAUUGUCAACCAGCUGGAUGCAGGUUUAACCUUCACUUCUUCAUUUUCGGAUUAUCAUGGAAUUUCUGGCAAUAUAAAUGUAAAAAAUGCUUUUUAUUUGUGUCUUGUCUAUAUGAAAAAAAUUAAAAGUAGUUUUUAAUUGUAGACUCAACAGCUGUUACCCCAUAGCUUUUUCAUUUAUUAUUUCGACAGGAUUCUUUAAAUCAGUGGUAAAACUUUCUGAUGAUAUCAUAAGAAUUUGUGUUGAAAUUGUUAUUCCUCCUAGUUGUGAGAUUCUAGCCCAAAGACCUAACAUCUCUUUAAAUUAUAUUUCCAUUUGUAAAGUGAUUCUAAUGGGCAAAAUGUUUGGGGAAGAAUUUUUGUUUGGACUGUCCAGAAAGAGACCUUUACAUAUUACUGUAGAGUCUGGCCUUUUUCCCUUGGUGUGCCAGUUUUUGGCUGAUACUAAGCUUUGCUGGUAUGAGACCCCUUCAAAAAAAAAUUGCUUUUGAAUUAAAUUAUAGCUUUAUUAAUUCACAUUAAUUACAAGGAAGCCCUCUACAAAUUACUAAGAUUUUUCAAAUUGGCAGGUAAGUAAACAAAUAAAAUUUAGAGGGCUCAAAAAUCAGUUUGGCGAAGUUUAAUUUCUGUUUAUGAUAAAGUAUAGUUAUAAUUUAUUUGUAAUAAUAAUACUUCAUGGUACAGCAGUAAAAGCAUAAUAGUAUUUUUUAAAUUGUUUGUUGUCAUACAAGACCUCAUACAUUAGUCUGUACUAUAAAAUCUAAAUGGGCAACUAAGAAGCCACAGUAGCAAAUGAUGAUAUUGGCAGAAAGAGAAUUAUAAACUUUCAUAUUAUCUCAGAGGAUUUUUUAUCUUUUUUUUAAUUCAGAUGUCAGAGAAAACUAGCUUUCUAAGCACCUAUGGCUUAACUCUUUUCAUAUCCAAUUUUGUCUUUCAUCUUUUCACAGAUUUUCAUACAGUGAAAUUAACAAAUAUUUUAUUACAACAUUGUAAAAAGUGCUCGGUGCUUUAUCUUUAUUUUGCUUUUCGAAGUAUGUCUUUUCUUAAUAUUGUCCUUUCAGGCCAGUUUGAGUUUACAGAAAAAGAAAAUACACCUGUAGCCACAGGCUGCCCUUGCUGUACUGUAACCAGACCCUUCAGAAUCACCUGGGUACGGGCCUUUUCUGUUUCAGUGUUUCUCGGGUAUCUAAAAAUGUUUUGAAAUGUAUAUUUUUAUAUUGAAUAACAGAGAAAAAAUAAGAUGUAGGUGAAAAGUAUUUCUGUUUGAAGCCUUUAUUUUUUCAUUCUACCUAUGCCAUGCUAGAUUUCCAAAUCAAAAUGUAAAUGUUUUCUGGUUAACAUUGUUUAAAUUAGGAAUAUUAUAAGAGUUAAAGUGGGCAUAUGAAGUUGGGGAAAUGUUUAACAACAGACAGGUCAUGCCAUGUUGCAUGGGCCAUAAAUAAAUUUUGGAGGGAACAGUAAGGCUUUAAUUAUGGCAGGCUGUUCAUAAUUUGCCAGUAGGUCAAUUCACUAUAUUAUAAUAUUUAGUGUGCAAUAUUGAACAUAAAGUGUUUUAUUUUUUAGGAAAAGAAUGUUAUGAAUAGUAGUCAUUUUUAUAAUAAUGUCUUCAAAAUUAUUUACUAAUGAUGGAUUGAAACUAGAAAUUCUAUUCAUCAGUUAUAAUAGUAUUUCUCAUGAGAAACUCCUUCCAUAUUUUAGACAACUCAGAUAUUAGGAACAUUAUCUGUAUCAACCCACCACCUCCUCUCCCACCUUUAUAAACCUGUUUCGGUAAGCUUUUGCUCCUCCUUUUUGAUGUAUAACUAUGCCAUUAAAACCAUGAUUUCUGAUGAGGCUGGCCUAGAGGGAAUGAAAGGGAUUGCCUGGAGGCAGGCAUAGCUGCCCCUCCUUGGGAGAACCAGAUGAACUCCUGUGUACACGUCAGAGUCCACCUGGUCGGGAGAAUGAAGCUAAUUCACCUCAGUCAUUUGGAGAGGAGUCACUUUAGAUCAGAUCUGAGGACGCCUUUACGCAACCCAACAUAAGUUGGUCCUUUUUCACCUCUUCUUAGAUGUUCUUUUUAUGUUAACAUUCCUUUUGGUCUCUUUAAAAUGUUUUAGAGCAUUUAUGGUGAUUACACUGUAUUCUCUCAGUAUUGUAGUAGUGGCUUUGUAGCAUUUGUCAUUUUUGCAUUAGCAUAGUUUAUAAAAAAAAAAAAGAGGGUAGGUAGGAUUUCUGCACUUAAUAUUCAUUCUAUAAAGAAAUAAAAAGAACAUUUGAGAUGUAUCACUUAUUAAUUUCCUGAGAUGUGCUAAAUGGAUUACAAUUGUUGCUCAUCUUACCACUCUUACAAUUGUAGUGUUGUUAGAGCAACUUGAGGUUGUCACCAGAAUAAUUGAAGAAAACAAAAUUUUAGGAAGAAAGAGAAAGUAUUUAUUAAUGACUUGCACAGCAAGCCAGGUCCUGUUCUAGUGACUGCAGGCACCUUGGAAAGUGCAGCCUCUGGGUAUUAUACACAUGUUUUAGGUGUAUCUUCUGCUUCUUGGAAGUCUCCCAGAGUCUUAAUUAACUCUGUUCUCAAAACAGCCCACAUGGAAGGUCUUAAUCAGCCUCAUUCCCAUAACAGCCCAGGUCAGCCUGACCCAGACCUGCCCCAAAUAGCCUACUGCAUCUAUCAACUACCAGGGGUCCUCAAACUGCGGCCCGCGGGCCACAUGAGGCGGAGUGAGUGUAUUUGUUCCCAUUUUGUUUUUUUACUUCAAAAUAAGAUAUGUGCAGUGUGCAUAGGAAUUUGUUCAUAGUUUUUUUGUUUUUUUUUUAAACUAUAGUCCGGCCCUCCAACAGUCUGAGGGACAGUGAACUGGCCCGCUGUUUAAAAAGUUUGAGGACCCCUGAAUUAUUCUACCCUGUCCAUAUCUACCUAACAGUAUUUAUUUGUCACAUAGCAGCAUUUCUUAAAGUAUGGCCCUGAGAACAUUGGUUCCUUGGUAUACAAUAUGUGUAUAUGUCAUAAUAAACAGGGUUCUUUGAUCAAAUACAUUUGAGAAACACCUGUGAAGGUUACAUAGGUUUUAGUACUAAGGGGAUAUAAUUUGCUUUGUGCAUGUGGAAGGGAGAAAGAUAGCAGCAUGUCCAAGGUUUGCACUUGCUUGACUGCAGACAACAUUAGGGUCUCCGUUCUGAUUGGUAAACAUUCUUCAGAAAUGUCUCCAGCAUACUCUUACAAUAACACUUCAAUUUGUCGCAGUUUUAAAAAUAAGGUGCUAUUUGCCUAAUUGAAUUGUUUUUUUUCCCUGAGAACUGGGAACUUUUAAUUUUAACCCUUAAUGUGGAAACACUUAAAAAUGUACCAGCAAUUUUGCCUGACUCUGUAAAUUAUUCCUGUCAGCACUAAAUUUUUCAUGUGGCACUCUUGAGUUCUAGCAGAUUGCAUCCUGUACACAGCUCAUUUUACAGCCUUGUCAUAGUUUGGACUAAACCUUUAGACUUUAUAUUUUUACCUUUUUACUUGAAAAAUAAAUUCACAACAAUAUCAGCUUGUUUUCUUUUGAGUUGACACUGUAAAGGGUGAUCACUAGUUAAUCUUUUUAAGUGGUUUGUUACAAAAAGCUUAUGAUAAGAAAACAUCAGUGAUCAAGAUUUUCUUUGACCUCAAAGGGCUAAAACUUGGGUAAACUCAUGAGAAGAUAAAUUCUUUUCACACAAACACUUAAUUAGCUUGACUUGUACCAUCUACCGCUUGCAUCAAAUAUCAACAUUUCCAUGAAUUUGUAAAUUUUUUUGCUGUAAUUAGACAAUCUUCAGUGGACUUGACUAAUAUGACUUUGGAAGAACCAACAAAGAUGAAUGUAAAUCUUAUAGACAUUCAUUAAUUUUUAUCUAGAAUACUUCAAUGUUCCUAGAACAUCCAGGAACAAUGAUCAUUGUACUAAAAGUUCUUCUUAUAAUGUCCUAAAAGUUAGAAACCAGAAAAUCAAAUCCCAAUUUGCUUGAUGUGCUUCUGCCUGCUUGUCUUGUCCUAUCUCUUAUGUUAUUGUGAUUGGAUUUAUUUUAUAAAAUAUCAUCCCAUCUCAACCAGAUGAUCACUGUUAAGAUCAACAGUAAUAAAUUAUGUUGCUAGUACGUAUCUUGGGCAUGAUAUGAUGAGGGUGGCUCUUUACCUCUAUGGACUUUCUCCCCAAAACUUUUAUAACGCCAGUGUAAUCACAAAAAAACAAAACA